AUGCUCCAUGAUGCCGUCAAACAGCAUCUAUCUAUCUAUCUAUCUAUCUAUCUAUCUAUCUAUCUAUCUAUCUAUCUAUCUCUGUCUAUUCAAAUCUAUAUAUCCUUAUUCAAAUCUAUCUAUCCCAGUCCAUAUAAAUCUAUCUAUCUAUCUAUCUAUCUAUCUAUCUAUCUAUCUAUCUAUCUAAUCCUUAUUCACAUAGAUAGAUUUUCCUGGUCUGACGUUGUAACCACUUGGCCACGUAUUUUCUUCUAUCUAUCUAUCUAUCUAUCUAUCUAUCUAUCUAUCUAUCUAUCUAUCUAUCUAAGACAGAACGUCGAACUGAAAACACUGGCAUCGAUCUAUCUAUCUAUCUAUCUAUCUAUCUAUCUAUCUAUCUAUCUAUCUAAUCCUUUUCAGAUCUAUCUAAUCCUUUUUAGAUCUAUCUAUAUAAACAUUUUCAGAUCUAUCUAUCUAUCUAUCUAA